AUGCUGCACAGCAACGAGAUCAGCUCCAUCCCCGAUAAAGCGUUCUGCGACUUGCAUUCGUUACAGGUCAGAACUUCAUAUUCAACUAACACUGCAUUUAAAAAUAAUUCCUCCUAUUGGGAGAAGAGCUUGGCACGGUUGCAUAUGGACCACAAUAGGAUUGAAUUUGUGCAUCCCAAUGUUUUUUAUGGACUCACAUCACUGAGACUGGUCCAUUUGGAAGGAAAUUUGCUUAAGCAGCUUCACCCCGAUACUUUCAUCACCUUGCGCUAUAUUGAAAUAUUUAAAGUAUCGUCCAUAAAGCAUAUAUAUUUGUCCGACAAUUUGUUGACUUCACUACCACAAGAAAUGUUUUCCCACUUGUCUGAGCUGGAGAGCAUUUACCUUCACGGAAACCCUUGGGCCUGCGACUGCAACCUGCACUGGUUUGCAGAAUGGGCACAGGAGAGACCAGAUGUUAUAAAGUGCAAAAAAGACAGAAGCUUUUCUGGUGCUCAGCAAUGCCCAGCCUGCGCUAAGCCCCAAAACUGUACAGGGAAAAACUUAGUGCAUAUUCCAGCUGCAUCCUUAGUGUGCACUAAGCCAGACAUACAUCACUCCCUGAAGCUGAAAAACAUCCCAGUGCCAGAUGAUGGGGAUUUCAGUUCCUUAUCUCCCGAGGACUUCAUAGCUCCUAUAGGAUCCAUGGUUUUGAACAUGACCGACCAAGCAGGAAGUCGAGGUAACUUGGUUUGCAACAUCCAAAAACCUAAAGAAAUGUCUCCCGUCUCAUUUGACAAAGAUGGCAAUAAUACAGUACUCAAAGUAUCACUCUCAGCACUUCUUGUCUGUGACAUUAGUUAUGAAAAUAUUCAGCAGCUGUGGAGCAUUUUGGCCUUGUACAGCAAUUCUCCCCUUGAACUAGAAAGGACUAUCUUACCAACCAAAUACAAGCAGAUCCACUCAGAAAAGAAUGAACUUUUUACCAAUAUAGAAACUGAACUGAGAGCUGAACCAUCUUGGUUAAUGCAAAACAAAGUAGCAUUACAGCUAGACAGGACAGCAACCACACUUAACACAUUGCACAUCCAGUACUUCAGUGAUGCUCAGAUUAUUUUGCCCAGUGUUGACAAGAACCAAGUGAGAAACAGCUGGACAAUCAUCUCCAGGGACAACAAAACACAAACCCAGCACACUGUUGUAGUUGGGGGGACAGUGGAACUAGAGUGCCGAGCACUCGGAGAACCAGCUCCUGCAAUAGAGUGGAUACUGGCUGACGGGAGCAAAGUUAGAGCCCCUUACAUCAGCGAAGACGGAAGAAUCAUUGUAGUUAAAACUGGAACGUUUACAUUACGGACAGCUGACAGUUUUGAUACUGGACUUUAUCAUUGCAUAGGAACGAAUGAUGCUGAUGCAGAUAUUCUCACAUUUAGAAUUACUGUGGUUGACCCUUAUGAGGAACACACUCAGGUCAACGGAGCUCAACUUUCUACAUUUAUUGGUAGCGUACUCUACCUUCCUUGUCCAUCCGCUGCUGUUCCAGAUGCUUCCAUUAGUUGGGUGCUACCUGAGCAUGUGAUUCUUCAUCAUUCUGUAAGAGACAAACAUAUUUUUGAAAACGGUACCUUGAAAAUUCAAAGUGUGACCCAGCAAGACAGUGGCUACUUUAGAUGUGUUGCAGCCAACCAAUACGGUGUCGAUCUUCUGGUAUUUCAAGUGCAUGUCAAAACGGAUGAAACCAAGCUGCAGAAAAUGCAUUCAGCUGUGGGAGAAGGGGAAGUGGAAGAGGGCUCUGGCAAUGUAAUGCUUGCCCCCAUUGCAAGACGUAAAAAUUCCUUGGCUUCCCUGGCUACCUCGACAGCUCCUCGGGAGUCUGCAACUCCAGCCCCUGAAGAGCAGACCUUGCAGAGUGCAAGAAAGAAGAGCUUUGGGAAAACGACUUACCGGCGCCACAGGGACAAAGCAAGCAGGAGGCUCAGAGGACACAGGAGACAGUUCAUUUCCUCAGCCAGGAGAGUUGAUCCACAGCGCUGGGCAGCCUUGCUGGAAAAAACAAAGAGGAAUUCGACACUGACAGAAAAACAAACAGUGCUUGCAACAAACCUACCUAUUCAAGCCCUUAUGUCCUCCAACAUAUCUGAGGAUGAAGAAACAUCUGGAGAACCCACAUCUCCGGAACUAGAGUCUAUGACACUGGCAACGCAGACACCCUCUGUAUCUCCCCUGGGAAAAGCAAUGGAAAACAUGGCAACUGCAGAGCUCCCGACUGCCACAAGCAACAUUCCUGCAGGGAAAACCUCUGUCUGGGCUGCAGGUGCAGUAACUCCACCAGCUCCUCCAUUUCAACAAUCUGUCUCACCUGACACCAGAAAGCCACAAAUAUAUCUAAAACCUACAGUCACAAACCCCAAAUCACAGGAAAGAUCUGACUUAAGUCAAAUACCAGUAAAUGGUAUGGAACAAUCAACUGUAUCAUAUGGAGCAAGUAGAACAUCAACAGUCUUCAAUGCUGGGCACAGAUUGGUAUCUUCUGAGGAAAAUAACAGCCAAUAUUUAAAAUUCGUAUCUGUGACACCCAUGGCAAGUGCUGUUGCCACCAGCAAGCAUGUAACUCCUACCAAACCAGCAGAAAAGCUGCUUGUUUUUGCGGAGUCUAUUGACAAAACCUUGACCAGAGCAGAUCCUCAGGCGUCUGCAGUGACAGUCAGUGAACCAGCCAAGGAGUUGGGUUACAUUUACCUUCACAGCACUCAGAAACUCGUAACUCCUAAGCUACCGGGCUCAGCUAACGUUACACAUCAGCAAGUCCAGCGUUUUGGAGACGUUACUCAUACACCCCAGGUCCGGCAGCAACACGGGAGGCGGAGGAAGGUUUCUGUUAGGAGACGCAUCAUCAGACCAGACCGAAUCCCAGGCCUGAACGAGCACAGAUACAGCCUGGGGAGCCCAGGCUCUACCAGAGGAAGAGCAGCUGCCGUUCCAGAUGGCCAAUUAGAGCACCCAGUGGAUGCUCACAGAAACACAGCACUUCUGAAAGAGAAAAGUGAACUUACGGCAAGACAAGAAGCAGCUUCUACAGUUGUGCCAUUCAUUGCAGAAGACACGCGGGCUGAUUCUCA